GAAAAGAGAAGUUCUGACUUGACUCUUGAAACGGUGCGGUUGGAAUCACAAAACGCUGCAGUGAACAUCUUUGAUGCCGGUGCUGAGCUUCAUGUGGGCUCUGUGUGUGAACAUGAUGACAGUCAACAUGUUUCUGAGUCUCUUCUUUCUCUCAGGUGCUGCGGAUGCUUGUGAUUAUCCAUCAGAUCUGGAUGUUAAAACACCACAGAAGAUGGAGGCUCUGAGUGGAUCCUGUUUAAAAAUUCCAUGUAGCUUUGAGAAUAGGGAGGAGUUUGAUGGAACAAGAGAAACUUCUGCAGUGUGGAUCAGAGAUCAUCCUUAUGGGCAUAAAAAACCUGAGGUUUAUGUGGUUUAUGACAGUACAAAGGCAGACAACAAAUAUCCCAUGAAGAUUACAGGAAACCUCCAUGAGAAAAACUGCAAUACUGAGUUUUUUAAUUUAACCACAGAUUACAAAGACACAUACUACUUCAGGAUCAUCAACGAGCCUUUUAAAGCAACAGCUGUUUGCGAUCCUCUUGAGAUCACAGUUAAAGAUUCUCCUCCGAGGCCCACAUUACAAGUCUCAGGUGAUCAGAAUGAGCUGAAGGAGAAGGAGUCUGUCACUAUAACCUGCUCAGCUCCCACUCCCUGUCCACACCUCCCUCCUCGACUCACCUGGAGCCUCCAACAAGACGCUCACAGCCAAACAGAGGAAAACACUGAUGGAACUUUAACCACUAAGAUCCAGCAGAACAUCACUCUGUCAGACCAACAUGAUGGAUUCAAGCUCAGCUGCUCUGCUGUGUAUCCUGUUGAUGGAGGAGAAGCUGUGAAAACACCUGUGGCAGAGCUCACUCUCAGAGUUUCUUAUGCUCCUAAAGACACGUCAGCCUCCAUCAGUCCAUCAGGUUUGGUGUCUGCAGGGAGCUGGGUGAACCUGAGCUGCUCCAGCAGAGCCAGACCUGCUGUCAGCUACACCUGGUUCAAGAUCAGUGAUCAUGGAGCAGUCAGAGUGUCUGAAGGAGACUUUUACAGCUUUAAUGUGACGGAAGGAGGAGUUUAUUACUGUGUGGCUGCAAAUGAUCUGGGACGUCAGACUUCAGAACAGAUUCAUCUUUUGAGAAAAGCAGGUCCUUCUCUGCAUCUGAACACCCUGAUUGGAGUAGUUAUUGGGAUCAUCGUGUUCAUCUGCCUGCUGCUCGGUGUUUACAUCUUCAUGUGUUGGAGGAGAAAAAAGAACACAAGUUCAACUGUGCAUGUGGGUCAGAGUCAGACAGGUGAAGAGCUGGCUGCUGAAGAGCCUGCAGAAAAACCUCAGCAAGAGGGAGAAAACAUCCACUAUGGAGAGAUCCACUUCUCCAAGCAGAAACCUGAACCGUCCUCCAAGUCUGAGAUCAGAAGCAAGCAGGAGGACACUGUGUACGCAGAGGUCAGAGGUCAGCCGGGAAACAGCUCCACGCACACUGCUGACCACCUCGGGGAUCUCAACGGUCUUUACGCUGAAGUGAAGAAGAAAUGAAAAUAUUCUGUUGGAUUUACUGACGUGUGAAGUAAUAAAGUACACAUACUUCACUUCUGUACUUUACUAGACUGCAGUACUUCAUUUGGGUGAUUAUUUUUCCCGACUAUUGAGGUGAGUAAAGCAGCGGGAAUGACCUGAAGCCCAAAGCCGCCAAGCGAACACACAGUGUCCAGUGACAAACCUGUUACACUCUUCCUCCUUUGCAAAGAUAGAAUCUGUUCAUCAGAAUGACACGGUAUCUCUCAUGUGUUUUAGAAACACAGGAUCUCAGCGCUUCUUGUUUGUCAUUCAUUAACUCAGCGUUAUGUUCGGGCAUUCGUGUUGAUUUGUUUAAAUAGUAUGCAGUUUCCUUUUGCAUGAGAGAAAACGUUACACAGCCUGACGUCUGCCUAUCAAAGAUUCUGAGACGUGGAAAAUCUGUUACAAAUCUGUCCUGUUAUGUGGUCCAGUUUUUGAUAUUGAGUUUCUUCAUUGUUGCUUUGCAUUUUUUUUUAAUAUUUCUUUAAAGUUAAAUAUUCUGUAAACUUGAUAUUUACUGUUGGUUUUUUUUUUUUUUUUGGGAUGUACAAAUCUGCACAUUUAUUCCCAAUAAACUCUCCCUCC